AAAGGAACUGGUAACUCAAGGAAAACUGAAUUAGUGCAAUGACCAGAUAACUUAAGGAAAAUACAGAAAAGUUAACUAAAUGUGUGCACCCAAAUAGAUAACUCAAAUAAAGUGUAUGUUAUAUGAACUCAAAAUGUGUCCAGUAAUUUAUGUGUAAAUAUAUUGAAAGAUGAAAAGGGAACUUAGUGUGAAAGAAACAAAGAGUUACCACCGUUUUACUGUGUGGCUGCAGGUGUGGCCAUCACAGUUUAGGUAUUUUAUUACAUAAUUGCCUGCAUAAAAAGGUUAAAUGUGUGUUUUAGACCACAGUUGUGUUUGGCUGAAAGUUGCCAGUUAACAUGGUCACCAGUUAAACCAUAACACCGGCGUGUAGAACCUGAACCGGUUCAGCAGCCUCUACAGGCAAGAGUAAAUAUCAGACUAGUUUCUGUCUUUUACCUGUUCAUGCAUUAUAUUUAAGGCGACUUUGAGUAUUUUUUAAAAGUGCUAUAUAAAUCCAAACAAUUAUUAGAGUUUCACAGAAAAAGAGAAACUGCUGCUGAGUGCGGACAGAAACUGAGCAGGAUGUAUAGCUGUAACACCAGAGGAACAGAACCAAUAUUACAACCAUGCUGAAGAAGACAGACUUCUCCAUGCCUGGUAACACCAGGAAUGGACCAGCAGAGACUGCAGCCAUGGCCAUCAAUAAAGCCAGAGUAGCUAUUGGCUUUAUAGUGGCGGGGACUCUGACGGCGGUCCUCGGAGCAGUUUUUCUCAUUGUCGGACCUGCAGUGAUGAAAGACCAGGUCAUAAAGAACACUGUGAUCGACCCGAAGAAUGAAAUGUCCUACACCAUGUGGAAGGACGUCCCGGUGCCCUUCUACAUGUCCGUCUACUUCUUCAACGUCCUCAACCCCAAAGAGAUGCUGGCGGGGGAGAAGCCCAUAGUGGAGCAGAAAGGACCUUACGUGUACAGAAAAAAAAUCCAGAAAGACAACAUCACCUUCCACUCCAACGGCACGGUGUCCUACAGGGAGUACAGACAGUACUUCUUUGAGCCCACCAUGUCUUCAGGGAACGAGUCCGACGUGGUCACCAUCCCCAACAUGCUGGUGCUGGGCGCCGCCAUCAUGAUGGAGAAGCUGCCCUACCUGGUGCGUUUAAUGAUCAGCGCCUCCUUCAAGAAUUUCAACGAGGGGCCCUUCCUGACCAAAAGGGUGGAGGAGUUGAUGUGGGGUUACGACAGCCAACUGGUCGAGUUCCUCAAUAAACACUUCCCCGGCAUGCUGCCCAUGACGGGGAAGUUUGGGCUCUUUGCUGAAUUCAACAACUCCAACACCGGCCUGUUCACCAUCUACACCGGACAGACCGACAUCAGGAAGGUGCACAAGGUGGACUCGUGGAACGGCCUGACGAAGCUCAACAACUGGGCGACUCCUCAGUGUAACAUGAUCAACGGGACAGCUGGACAGAUGUGGCCUCCCUUCAUGACCAGAGAGAGCACGUUACCUUUCUACAGCCCCGACGCCUGCCGAUCUAUGGAGCUCGUUUACCAGCGUGAUGGACAGCUGAAGGGUAUCCCUCUCUAUCGAUAUGUAGCACCAAAAACUCUGUUUGCCAACGGGACAGAUUACGCUCCAAAUGAAGGUUUCUGUCCCUGCAGACAGUCGGGGCUGCUGAACGUCAGCAGCUGCAGGCACGACUCUCCAGUCUUCAUCUCUCAUCCUCACUUCUUUAACGCCGAUCCGGUGCUGCGGGACUACGUGAGCGGCCUGGAUCCAACCGAGGAAGAGCACGGUCUCUUCAUAGACAUCCACCCUCUGACGGGCGUCCCUCUGAACGUGUCCAUCCGUCUGCAGCUGAACCUCUACAUCAAGAGAGUGGCAGGAAUAACAGAAACUGGCAAGAUUUCUGAGGUGGUGAUGCCGAUGAUCUGGUUUGAGGAGAGCGGUUACAUCGACGGCCCCAUCCUCGACACGUUCCACACCAACCUGGUGGUCCUCCCGGCCGUCAUGGAGUUCAUGCAGUACGGCUUCAUCGCCCUCGGCCUGCUCACCAUCGUCAUCGCCGCCGUGAUGCAUCACAAGCUGAAGGCUGACGACAAAGAGCGGAUAAAUGACCAUGACCAUGAAACAAAGGAGAAAUGUGUCAUAAAUAACUCAGAGAAGUAGAUGUGAAGGCGGCAGCACAUCAGACAGAAACAAGAGCACUUCACCCGGAGAGACAGACGCACUGCUACAAGAUGAUAUGGACUGACACACACACACACACACACACACACACACACACUGCUGGUGUUGAUCCAGCAUCUUGAACUGAAACACUGACCACAUGGUGCUCUGCUCAGCAUAUUUCUAUGAGAAAGUGAACGAUGAUAUUUUACUAUCCUGUAAAGUUUAUGACGCCCUCAGACUCCAACACUCGCUCACUCUGCAUGUGUGUGUGUGUUGCUGCUGCGGUCGAGACUGAUUUGUCUCUUUAAAACAGAAAACAUGAAGCUUUUCUGUCACUUCAACACUUCCUUUUUGUACAAAGAAACUUCCAGAAACUCCCGCAGUAUUUCCACUGUGUUUAUUAGCUCUGAUGAUGUGAAACAUCUCACACUUUUAUCACUUCAUCGGUCGGAGAGGAGCAUGACUGUGCUGGCUAUUUUUUUUAGCUCCUUUUUAAACAAA